AUGGCUCCGCGGUUGUGCAUCAUCUCUGCAGCGGCACGGAGGCUGCUCCUGAAGCCGGGACCCCGUGCUGGGGACCUCGCGGUUGCGGGUGCUGUGCGCUUCUAUUCCAAGGACAGUGAAGGCAGCUGGUUCCGCUCCCUCUUAGUUCACAAGGUGGAUCCUCGGAAGGACGCCCACUCCACUCUGCUGUCCAAGAAGGAGACUAGUAAUCUCUACAAGAUCCAGUUUCACAAUGUGAAGCCCGAAUGUCUGGAUACCUACAACAGUCUGACGGAGGCCGUGCUGCCCAAGCUGCACCUGGACGAGGACUACCCCUGCUCGCUUGUGGGCAACUGGAACACGUGGUACGGGGAGCAGGACCAGGCAGUACACCUAUGGCGGUUCUCAGGUGGCUAUCCGGCCCUCAUGGACUGCAUGAACAAGCUAAAAACCAACAAGGAGUACCUGGAGUUCCGGAAGGAGUGGAGCAAGAUGCUGCUGUCAAGGAGAAACCAGUUGCUUCUGGAGUUCAGCUUCUGGAAUGAGCCACAGCCCCGAGCUGGCCCCAACAUCUAUGAGCUGAGGACAUACAAGCUCAAGCCGGGAACCAUGAUUGAAUGGGGAAACAACUGGGCUCGUGCCAUCAAGUACCGUCAGGAGAACCAGGAGGCGGUGGGAGGCUUCUUUUCACAAAUAGGAGAGCUCUAUGUGAUACACCACUUAUGGGCCUACAAAGAUCUGCAGUCUCGGGAGGAGACUCGAAGUGCGGCCUGGAGAAAGAGGGGCUGGGAUGAAAAUGUCUACUAUACAGUCCCCUUGGUUCGACACAUGGAGUCACGAAUCAUGAUCCCUCUGAAGAUUUCUCCUCUCCAGUGAGGCUGGCACUGCCUCCACCUUCUUCCCUGUCUCCUGUGGAGUAACCUGGAACAGAGGAGCUUCUGGGCCCACUGGCAUAGUUUUUUCUCAACUCUGGAAGACUUCUGAUGGGUGGUGUUCAGCUUAGACAAAGAUGAUGUUUUCUGAGAACCUAGUCUGUCUAUACCCAGCCAACCUCUCUCCCAUGCUGGAUGAAGUUUUUAAUUUCCCUAACUGCAGAAUAGCAACCUUUUAAGCAUUCACACAUUUUCCUCUUAAGAUUCAUCAUCUCCAGAACAUCAAGUCCCCAGCUCACACUGUGGCCAUGGCUUAGUUGCAUAAAAGCCGGCAUGACUAGCUGUUAGGCAGUAUAGUGUGAAAGGAUAUCAGACCACAUAUGGGCUCAGGAACUCUCUGGUGUUUACUUGUUAAAAAAAAAAAAAAAAAAA